GUCACUUUUAGAUAAAACGAGAAUAUCUUAUAUUUACGAAGUUCAAUUACAUAUACUAAUAUUUCACUGAUAGCUGUCUUCAUUGUGUAGGUUAUACUCCGUUCAAGUGCAAGCUAUUGUACUUUAGAAUAGAAGAUCGCCUCGACCCGCAUAUUUAUUGAAACGAAAGUACCCAGAUAGCAAACGGAUGUCAAUUACGCUACUUAUAAUCAAGGAAUCAAAUUCAAAACAAUAAAAAUGGAUACAAUGAGUCUGUGGAUGAAUUGUUUUGUCCUCACGUUUGGACUGUGUCAGCUAAACCACGUGGCUUCGCAGGGUACUACGGAUCACUUACAGGAUAUCUUUAUCGGCAGAUGCUGGAACUACCAGACAAAAAUUCGCCCGGUAGCACCAGGUCAAUAUAAGAAUUGUAGCGAACUCUGGCAAAGAUUUUCCACGGCCUUUAUGAAUAAAGAUGCGUGCAGUGUGACACAAGACGAUUACCGUAGCUAUGGAGAUAUCGCCAUGGAAGACGUACCGAAUGGCAAGAGUUUGUUUUGGGAAGGGACCUAUCAAGUGACUCACGACUAUUCAAGACGAGGUCGCCGGAAGUGGGCCCUGGGAGAUAUUUUGAUUGGCUAUUGCGUUGAUCAGCUGACAUGGUGUGGGCAGACAGCGGCACCUGGCGUGAACUACACUAGAUGUCCAGCGUAUGGAGAAUGCUCAUCGUAUGACGAUGCGUUUUGGGGAAUGGCUGCGACAAAGUAUGCCAUUGCUGCAUCAGGUGAGGCCACUACAAUCAUGAACGGUUCACGCACUGAUGGUAGACCCGCCUACGAAAGAGAAAGCUAUUUUGCAAAGUUCGAACUGCCGAAUCUAGAUCCAUCGAAAGUGACAAAGUUUCAAGUUGUAGUUCUACAUGACGUUGGAAAAAUUGUAAGGGAAAGCUGCAAUAACGGAUCAUUGGUUCAACUUAAAGAAGAUAUCUUGAAGCGGGGCUUUGAAUGGCACUGUACGGAUGAUCCCGAGGAGAUGGUACAUAUUCUAUGCGUGGACAACGUAGCAUCUCCGGAGUGUACGUUAGCCAGGCGCAGCAGCCCUUCAAACAACGGACCGCAUGUACAUGAUAUUGGACAAUUUAAACAAUUAUUUCUAGCAACUUUAAUGAUUAUUAGUAUAUAUUUAUUAUAA